GAGUGGCAUUUGUCAAUUCAACCAUUAGACUAAUUACCACCGGAUUUAUUUGUCCUAUAUAAAUUGUUUUUAAAUUAAACGUGGAAAAAAUAUCGAUUUAAUUGUUAUAAAGAAAUAACUAAAAUUUAAUAUAAUGGCCGAAGGAACUUAUGAAUAUGAAUGUAUGAGAGCUGAAUUGUUGGGCAUUGCAAAGCCUGACCAAGAAGAAUUUGAAAAGGCCAGAUCCGAAAGACUUCAACAGGAACAAGAUGAACGUGAAGCAGCAGAAGCCAAGAUGCUGGAAGAACAAGAUGAAGCUUUAAAGGGAACAGGCAGUAAAUUGGACGAAUUGACUGGUAUUUUAUCAUCAACACAACAAAAACUUAAUCGUUUUAAACAAACUGCUUGUGGUAGUCUCACUAAUAUAUUCAGCAGAACUAGUUCAAUGGAUACGGCUAAGUCGCAACUCAACGAAGACACGCCCAAUACAUCAUCAAGACGUAAUACAACAGCAGCCAAUACCUCGGCCGAUAUUAAUCAAGCUCUUGAUAAUUUGGAUAAUAUGCAACAUCAGGAGGGUCAACCAGUGAUACCAACAGAAAAAAUACGUCAAGCUAAAUUGGAUUUAGAUAAGAAAAUGACUUCUCAUUUAGAUGCUUUGGACAGAAUGAUUAAUAAAGCCGAUCAGGCAGAGAUAGCCAUGCAUGAACAAACCAAACAAAUGCGUAAAAUGGCUAAGUAAAAUCUUAACUUGGAAUUUUUAAGGAAAAAAAAUAUAUUUAUAUAUAUUCCCAAUUAAACAACAAGAGUUUGUGUAAAAGUUAUAGCUUG